UUUAGACGUGCGCCCUUGCUGCCCACUUGUGCGCUGGCUCUGCACUGCAUUUAAGAUCCAUAUUUUAAAUUAUUGGCUCUGGACAGAAAUAUUUAGCAUCAAUUUUCCGAAAAUUAAGUCUGGUUAUAAAUUUAAGAUACUAACGAAGUCACUAAUGAGAAAAAUUACAAUUUUAUUAACAUUUGGUACUUAGCUAAAUAAUAUUAUUAGGUUUAUAUUGAUUAUAAACUCAAAUUUUUAAGUAGUUAUGACGCUUACAAAUUAAAAAACAAAUAAAAUUUUAGGCAUUAAAAUAUAUAUUUUUUUAAAAAAUAUUAUAUUAAUAAAAACAAAUUCUUUACUAAUAAAUUAAAUAUUUGAGAGGGAACCUUUACCCGCCUCUCUCCCUCCCCUUUGUUUGUUAUUCAUGGUCGCUUCUUUUCCUCUAUCAAAUUCGGUGGUAUGAUCUUCUGCCUGCCUGGGUUGUUUUCUUCAAGCUUGUUACUUUGUCGUUUCUGGGUACACACUUUCGUUUGGCAAACGAGAGAAGAGGAACCCAUUAAGAUGACUUCUGCAACUUGCAAUGAUACCAGAAUUUCUCAACCAGCUAUAGGUCAACAACCUACAACUGGUGAAACCCCUUUAACCAAUAUUGAUGCAUCUCAUCAUGAUUGUUCUUGUGAGCCAAAAAGUGUGAGAAAGAGAAAGGCAUCUAGAUCUCUCUCAUUACUAGUCUCAGAUGGUCGUUGUUCAAAAAUGCAAGAAGAUCCCAUUGAUUGUGAGGCCCCAUUUCAGUUUUGUCGUAUGGAUUAUGCUCGUGAAGCUAAAAGUAGAAGGGAACUCAUUGCUAGAAUGCUCAUCAACGGCGAGUUUCAUCUUAGAUGUGUUGAAAGCAAAACAUUUAAGCAUCUUUGUGAGUUCUUGGACCCUACAUUUCGAGUCCCGUCUUGUGUCAUAGCUGCACGUGAUUGCUUGAACCUUUAUGUUAAAGAAAAGAACAAGUUGAAGAACGUUUUGGUUGAUUCUUUUCGAAGUGUUUGCCUAUCCAUCGAUACAUGGACAUCUAAGCAAAGAUCGAAUUACAUUCGUCUUACUGCACAUUAUGUAGAUAGUGAUUGGAAAACGCAAAAGAGAAUCCUAAAGUUUUGUCAAGUUCCAAAUCACAAAGUUGAGACUAUUGGCAAGACAGUUGAGAUGUCUUUAUUGGAAUGGAAUAUUGAGAAGGUACUCACUGUGACAGUUAGCAAUGCAAGCUUUAGCAAUGGAGUUGUUGCAUACUUGUCCGAAAGAAUCACACCAGUCUUUAAAGGUGAAUUCAAGCAGAUGAGGUGUUUUCCAAACAUCCUAGAUCUUGCUGUUGCAGAGGGUUUGAAGUCCUGUCAUGACUCAAUUACUAAAAUCAAGAAUGUGGUCAAGUAUGUUAAGGCCUCUCCAAUCAGAUUACAAAAAUUUAAGGCAUGUGUUGAGCAAGAGAAGAUUAUUUCAGAAGAAUUUGUCAGCUUAGAAGUUUCAAACGAUUGGGACUCAACUUAUCUAAUGUUGGUGGUAGUUGUAGAAUUCGAACGAGCAUUUGAGCGUCUAGAGAAAGAAGAUGAACAUUACUUUCACGAGUUUGUGCAAGGAGGAAGGUCUCCUACUUGUGUGGAUUGGGAAAUUGCUCACACUUGUGUAAAUCAUUUGAAGACUUUCUACAAUGCAUCAAUGGGAUAUUCUAAAGAAGUUUGUGCCACCGCAGAAUUAUUUUUGUUUGUAUUGGAAUCGAUCCACAUGGAGUUGCAAUCUUGGAGUGACAGUAAGGAUAUUCAUGCAAAGAAGAUGGCAGACAACAUAAGAGAAAAUUUUAACAAGCAUUGGGUGAAUAUGCAUCAUGUCAAUCCUUUGUUGUUUGUUGCUGUAUUGCUCGAUCCACGCUGCAAGGAAAAGGGUUUGAGAAUGUUGUUGCAUAACAUAUGUGGUGAUGUUUUGGCUGAUGAAAUGACAAAGAAAGCUAAGAAGACUCUGGAAAGUUUGUAUGAACAUUACUCAAUGCUCUCUACUCCACUCCAUCUAAGAAAAGUGACAUGGAGAUCAAUAAUGGUAAAUCAACUGUUAAUGCACGAUUCAUGAGGUUUAUGAGGGAAGAAAAUGAGAGAAAAGGAUUGAAAACAGCAGUGGAUCGAUAUUUGGCAAACACUUGUGAAUAUUUCGAAGAUGAUGAUGAUUUUCAUGUUUUGAAUUGGUGGAAGGAUUGUCCCUAUAAAUGUAAGAUUUUGCCCAUGAUAGUUCAAGAUGUUUUAGCUAUUCCUAUUUCAGAAUCAGAGUUCUACAGUGAUGGUGUGGUUCUUAACUCAUCUAGCAAUUACUUAUCAUCUGAGACAAUUGAGGCAUUUGUCUGUGCUAGAAAUUGGUCAGGUACUCUUGCAUAGAGGAAUUAUAGUACUUUUGUUUCAUAUGCAAAGAAUUAUAGCCACACAUGAAACACUCUCUUUUGACCAUCCUCUAGUGAUUUAACAUUGUUAUAAUCGUUCUUAUGUUCACUUCUUGUUCUUUUGUUUAUGGCUCUUUUUUUUUUUAACAAGCUUGUGGAUUAGGUGUACUUAUAGUUCACUUUUAUUAGUUCCGUAAGGAUCAUUAAUGUUACAAGCCUCCACAACAAUCAGACAACUUAGUUUUUCAUUAACAAACUUUCUGGUAUAGCCUCCAAUAUUUUACCUGCUUUGUUUCAAUCACUGUAAAAAGAGUGUUUCUCAAAUUAGACUAAAUGCCAGAAAAGCAGGUCUAUAAACACAUUUAAGAAUUGUUAAUGCUGUUUUUUUUACAGCAAGGCACCACAA